CCCCAAAAUCUGUGAUUAUGAAAAAUAUUUAUGAAGACUCUUGCUUUAGAUGUUUAAUUUCUGGAAAUCUAUUUUCGUCCAGGUUGUCAGGCAACUUGGACUCUUCCACGCAGCAAAUCCCAGCUUUCACGUCGUCAUAACUGGUCACAGUUCUAGGGGAGCGAUGGCGUCACUUCUCGUCUUCCUCUUGACAACGCUACGACAGUUUCCGACGAUGGAUUUCACUCUGGCAACUUUUGGCCAGCCGAGAACGGGCAAUGAGGCGUAUGCCAAUUAUAUGAAUGCUUUAUUCAUCCCGACGAACAGAGUUGUCGCCAGAGCCGACAUCAUCCCCCACUUCCCACCCGUUACGGCCUUCGGAUUCUUGAACGCCUUCCUCGGCGUCAACUACAUCCACCACGGCCAAGAAGUUUGGAUCAACGGCAAUGACACAAUCUUCUGUUCCAAAGCGGUCUACGAAGACCCAACCUGUUCCAACUCCCUCGGACCAAUUUACACCAUCGUCGACCACCUACAAUAUUUCGAUGCGGACUAUUCCGUCUGCUACUUCGUCGAGGGGUGGCUGGACAUCGAUCUCCUCAGUUUGGACGGCUUCACCCCGACCAACUUUAUCCCCCCGAUGCCCACUAUAGAUAACAAGACUAUCUCUCGAGUUUAAGAUCUUCGCAAAAAUGCGACAAUUAGAUACUCAUUCCCACAACCAACUCAUUCUUAUCCUGGAUAAGUUAUCCAUCCACCCACCUGAUGAGAAUCUCCUCCCACACUGGGUAGCCGCAUCUGGUUCACGUUGUUGAAGGAGGACAACAAUUUUGGCAAGAUCCUCAGCGACACGACGACCGCCUCAGCGACCGACGUUGCGGAUGCAGCCUUCAAUAAAUUUCAGGCGGAUGGCCUUGUCCGCACCGAAACAGAGGAGAUUGGUGAGCGCCUUUUGCGCCUCGAUGGCCAACCCGUCGGACAGUUGGACCUGAAUAAUUUGCAUAAUUAUUGACCAAUCGUUAAUUAAUUAGUUAAAUUAUCCUGCUCACAAUUUUAUCAUCCUGGAUCAAAUCCCACAAAAGUGUGACGCCUGGUUCGAUGACGUCGUCAAUUUUGAAAUUAAACGUCGCCAUGGAUCCAAAUCUCUUUCUCCGGAAGAACAUCCGCAUGGCGCGAGGUGGGAGGAGUAACGUCGUCGACCCCCCACCUCCCCCACUUCCAGGACCGAGUUGAGUCUUAUUUCUGCCAUUGUUACUCCCCCCAAUCUGCACUCCGCCCACGGUGAGGACAAUGUUGGGAUCGAGGAGUUGCUGUUGGACGUAUUGGGGUUGGAGUUGUUGCGGCGUGAGGUUCAGAUUCUGACCACGGGUGGCUAUUUCGACAAGCUGACUCUAUGUGAGGGACGCCAUGAGGUCGACGUGUUCCUGGGGAGACUCUUCACCGUCGAAAUCGGCCAUAUUUUUGUCCGAUUUGGUCGAUAUCCGGGAGGAGUACGAGCCGUCGGACACUUCACAUGUCGUCCCCGACAAGGGGUAAUAGAUCGUCAUGGGCGUCUUAGAGGUUGGCACGACAGCGUCGGUUGAGGUCGAGGGCGACGGAUCGGGGACUUGUUGGAGUUUCUGGUCACCUAGAAUACAAAAAAUACGUAAAAUUCCCCCCAUUUCCCUCUUCUAUCUUGACCUCACCUUGACCCUGACUAGACGUA